UCCGUCACUUCCUUUUCCAGAAAAAGCGUGGUGAAGAUGGCGGCGGAAAAGUCGGUCCCGAGUGAUCUCUUCAAAUGCGUGUACUCAUUUCUGCUGGAAAACAAGUUCACCAAGGCGGCUCAGGAGUUCCUGAAGCAGACUAAAGUGGCUCCGCAAGAUCAAAAUGAAGAGAACCUCGUCAAUAUCUACAACUUCUGGGUGAAGUCUCCUGAAGCCAAAAAACGAAAAGUACCUUCUAACUGGGCCAAAGAUGCCAACGGUCCAUCAGCAAAGAAGACAAAAUCCAGUAAAGAGAGUUCCAGCAGUGAAGACUCGAGCAGUGAGGAUGAACAGGCUGACGUGAAACAAAGUAAAGCAGCUCCUGCAGCAGCCAGCAAGGGCCCUGCUAAAGCUGCAGCAGGAGCUGCUAAAGCUGCAGCAGGAGCUGCUAAAGCUGCGUCCAGCAGCAGUGAAGACUCUAGCAGUGACUCUGAGGAGGAGAAGGCUCCUGCAAAGGCUGCCACAAAGGUGGCUGUGAAGCAACCUGCAGCAGCUGCAGGCAGCGCAAGGAAAAAGGACAGCAGCUCCAGCAGUGAAGAAUCUGACUCUGAAGAAGAACAGCCUGCCAGAGCUCCUGCACCGAAACCCAAGGCUGGUGGAGUCACAACACCCAAAGCAGCCGUUCCUGCUAAAGGUGCAGCUCAGAAGAAGCAGGAGAGCAGCAGCAGUGAAGACAGCUCUUCAGAUUCUGAAGAUGAAGCACCAGCCAAGGCUCCAGUCAAAUCUGCCCCGGUAAAGAAAGCUCCUGCUGAAUCGAGCAGUGAAGACUCGUCAUCAGAAGAUGAGGCUCCUCCCAGCAAAAAACCCAAAGCAGGAGCAUACAGUGCAGUCCCACCUCCUGCUUCAAUCCAGAAAGCUCCUGCUGCAUCAGCAGCAAGCAAGGCCAAGGACAGCGACUCUUCAGACAGCAGUGAUGACAGCAGCGAUGAAGAUGAGGAGAAGAAGAAGAAAGUGGCAUCAAAACCUACCCCUGCAAAGACACCUGCUGCCAGACCUGGUGCAUCUAAACCUGCUGCAAAGAAGCAGGAGUCCAGCUCAGAGAGCUCUGAUUCAAGCUCAGAUGAGGAGGAGGCCAAGAAGCCUGCAGUUAAAGCAGCCCCAGUCAAACCUGCUCCAGCUAAAGAGGUGAAGAGCCCUGCAACAAAAGUGGCUCCUGCUAAAGCUGCUCCUGCUAAAUCUGCUAAAGAUGACUCCUCGUCAGAGGACUCCAGUUCAGAGGAGGAGGCCGCAAAGAAGCCCACAGCUAAAGCUGCACCUGCCAAGACUACUCCAGCUCAGAAAGACGAGUCCUCAGAUUCAGAUAGCAGCUCUGAGGAUGAGGCCCCAACAAAACCUGCAACCAAAACUGCAACCCCACUUGCAGCUUCUAAGCCUCAAGCCAAGGCAGCAGAGACCAGCUCUGAAUCAGAGGACUCCUCUGAGGAUGAGGAACAGCCUGUGAAAGCCAAGCCUGCAGCUAAAACUACCCCAGCUUCAAAGCCUGCUGUCCCUGCAGCAAAGCCUGCAGCAGCAGAGAGCAGUUCAGACUCUGACUCCUCUUCCGAAGAUGAAGAGCCUGCUAAGACUAAGAUAACAGCAGCGAAACGGCCCAUCCUAGCUUCAAAGCCUGCUACUCCUGCAGCUAAGCCUGCUGCUCCUGCAGCAGAAAGCAGCUCUGACUCAGACUCAUCUUCAGAAGAGGAAGAACCAGCUAAGGCCAAGCCAACAGUGGCUAAGCCUGCAACGCCGGCUUCAAAGCCUGCUACACCUGCAGCUAAGGCCAAGCCAACAGCAGCUAAGCCUGCAACGCCAGCUUCAAAGCCUGCUACUCCUGCAGUUAAGAAAGCUGCUGCAGAAGAAAGCAGCUCUGACUCUGAUUCUUCCUCUGAAGAUGAAGAGCAGCCAGCCAAGGCUAAACCUGCAGCAGCUAAAGCCGCUACCCCAGCCUCAAAACCUGCUACACCUGCAGGAAAGCCUGUGUUGAAAGAGAGCAGCUCCGAGUCCUCCUCUGAGGAUGAGGAAGAGCCAGCUAAGACCAAGCCACCACCAGCAUCAAAGCCAGCUACUCCUGCAUCAAAGCCAGCUACUCCUGCAGCUAAGAAAGCUGCUGCAGAAGAAAGCAGCUCUGACUCUGACAGCUCAGACUCAGAGGAUGAAGCGCCAAAGAAACAAGCUCCAGCUGCAGCCAAGAAAGCUGCCCCUGCAGCUAGUGCCACAAAGGCAGCACCUGCAGUCAAAAAGGCAGCUGUGGCUUCAGCAAAAAAAGCAGAGGAGAGUAGCUCAGAUUCCACAGAUAGCUCUGAUUCAGAGACAGAGACCCCUGUAGCUAAGCCUACAGUUACCAACAGCAAGACGGGAACUCCCAAGACGGCGGCAUCAGCGAAGGUUGCAGCAAAGCCAGAGUCCUCAUCCAGUGACAGCAGCUCUGAAGAGGAUGAAGAGCCCAGCAAAGGAAGUACAAAAGCUGCUCCAGCAGCUAAACCUAAAACGAGCAGUAGCAGCUCCUCAGAGAGUUCAUCUGAAGAGGACGAAGCGCCACGUAAAGCAGCCACUGCACCCAACACCCCAAUAAUAAACAGCACUAAUGGAAAGAGAAAAAAGGAUGAAGAAUCAUCAGAAAGUGAAGAGACAGAAAAUGAACUGACGACACCAAAAAGCAAGAUAGCCACAACCACACCACAGACUUUCCCUAAAGCCAGUAAGAAGUCUUCAAACGUCCCCUUCCGUAGAAUACGAGAGGAGGACGUAGAUGUGGACCCCCGCCUCUCAAACAACUCUUUUGAGGCAAAGAUGGGAGCUAAUGGAGACUGGGGCCAGAAAGCCAAUGAAGUGCUGAAGUUCACAAAAGGCAAAUCAUUUCGCCACGAAAAGACCAAGAAGAAGAGAGGAAGCUACCGCGGUGGAGCCAUCUCCACCUCAGUCAACUCCAUUAAGUUUGACAGCGAGUGAGGAAGUCCUCAGUGUGGUCCCUCUCACUUCAACUGUACUGUAACCGGACUGAUCAGGAGUAUAAAUUGUCUGCCCAACCCACCCAGCAGCAGCACACUAACCGAACAUGGUGUAUUGAGCUGAGCUGGCCCUUUGAUUCAACUUGCCUUUAGUCUGUAACGGAGACGUACAUUUAGCAGAGCUGUGGCAGCAGGGAAAAUGUGCCCCCAACUAUAUUACUUAUAGCCACUAGGUGGCUGCAAGCCCCUGGUUAAUGGAGAAAAUGUUUGGCCCUUUUUCUUGUUUUUGAUUAUUCUUAAAUGAUUGUAACAUUAAACUUUCAUACUAAGUGUAACUGAAAGCCAUCCAUCUUUACAUGUUCAUCAUGAGUCAUGAUUUUCUUUUUUUUAAUAGAUUACAUGAAUUCUUGAAGUGACUUUAUUUGGUAAACAGUUAAAUGUGAACAGGGUGUGUUUGAAUUUUCUCUUAACCUAACAGUGAGACUUACACAUUAAAACAGCGUUUUAUACUGUAUUUAUUACAUUUUAUUCCAUUUCAGUUUUGAGGGCCUGUGAAGUUUCUCAAUUUUUUUUUGAAUAGGGUUCUUCUGUUAGGAUAUCAGUUCUCCUUGUAUUGUUUGGUGGUAUCAAGUAGAUAAUUCAAACUGAAUGCUAUGUUUGUUUCAGUUAUUUGAUGAUCCUAUCAGAUUUUGUGUACCACUAUCAUUUUUUUUUCCCCACCUCAAUCUGUAAAUAAGAAAAUAUACUGGUGAUGGUUACAUGGACAAAUCCUGUUUUUUUUUUUUCUACUCAGCUGACAGAUUAAAUGUACAGAAGUGGAGAGGAAGCAUUUUUAGUAUCUACACAUGCCAAGUUGUUGCAGGUCUGCUGUUAUUGGCUGUUAAAAGUGUAGAAAAUACACAUUUUAAAUCAUAAUCUUUAGUAAGGGCUUUCUCUUGCCAUGCACACUGGA